AUGCAGAUGAGCGAGGACCUAACAUCUCCAAAAGUCACCCUCACUUUCUUGAAUGUUUCAAAAGUUAUAAGUGUUCCAGCUAAAAUGAUUGAUCCAAAAAGUAAGGCAAAAUUUAUCGAGAGAAAAUUACUUGACAACGUCAGUGGUCAAAUUCAUCCCGGACAGGUCGUGGCAUUAAUGGGACCAUCAGGUAGUGGGAAAACAACACUGUUAAACACCCUUGCUGGUCGUAAUUUAUCGGGAGUAACGGGUGAUGUCUAUUUCAAUAAUGUCAAAUAUCAGAAAAGCAUGAAACGGAAGUUAGCUUAUGUCUUACAGCAAGAUUUAUUUUUCGAGUCAUUAACUGUCAAACAACAACUGACUUAUACAGCACUAUUACGAUUACCGAGUAACUUGACACGCAGUGAAAAACUCCAACAGGUGGAAACUAUAAUUGACACCUUGAAAAUAAGAAAAUGUGCAAACACACCCAUCAUGUUGAUUAGUGGCGGUGAGAAGAAACGAGUGAAUAUUGGAACAGAAUUAUUGACUAAUCCAAAUCUGAUAUUUCUUGAUGAGCCUACAAGUGGUUUAGAUAGUACAAGUGCAUUUGCUUUAAUGGAAACAUUAAGACAGCUUGCAUUGCAGGGCAAAACAAUUGUCACAUCCAUCCAUCAACCUUCAUCUCAAGUGUUUCAGUCCUUUGAUCAGCUGAUACUGUUAGCUGACGGAAAAACUAUCUUCAUGGGUAGACCAUCGGAUGCCUUGUCGUACUUUGGCACACUUGGAUAUAAAUCACCUGAACAGUACAAUCCAGCUGAUUAUGUUAUGGAUUUGGUUAAUCAAGACAUGGAAGUGCGGGAAAAGCUCAAAGAGGCAUAUAUUACCAACAAAGUAUCAGUGUACCACAGAAAUUCCGUCACAGCUAGUGAGAGAUAUCUUAUAGCAGAACCAACUGAGAAUGACUUAAAUUUCAAAAAAACAGAUAAUCAUGAAGAAAUUCUAGGACUGACAAAAAACAGCAAAUGGCCUAUUGGCUUUUUCGCUCAGUUCCGUGUUCUGUACAGACGUAGUAAUCAAUUAACGGGCAAACAGCAAUUCACUAAGUUAAACAUAAUACAAGCGCUUGCUUUGGCGAUCGUCGUUGGUCUAUGUUGGUUGAGAAUGGGAUUUACAGAAUCUUCGGUGCCAGAUCGUACAUCAUUCGUCUUUUUCAUUAUGACGUUCUGGCCAUUCCAUACUUUGAUGGGAGGUCUAAUGUCUUUUCCUUUCGAACGUUCUGUUAUUAACAAAGAACGUGCAAGUGGUUCUUAUCGUUUAUCUGCGUAUUUUAUGGCAAAAUCAGUUUCCGAGGCACCGUUAAAAUUGGUUCUACCCACUGCAUUUCUAAUCAUCGCCUAUUGGAUGGCUAACAUUAAUCCAUUCUUCCCGGUGUUUCUCGGAUUUCUGGUGUUCGAGCUAUUAGCCAUUUUAGUUGCUGAAUCUAUCGGGUUAUUCAUUGGUGCUUCAACCAGAGAUGUCAAACAUGGUCUGGUUAUUGCAACUGUAACCCUAUUAGGACUACUGCUUGUCGGAGGAUUCUUCGUUAAAAGUCUGCCCCACUGGUUGGGCGUUUGGGCUAAAUGGUUGAGCUUUUUCAAAUAUGCUAAUGAUGGAUGUCUUCGAUUAGCCUUUAGUAGAAACCAUCAAUACAUCUGCAAUUUGAAUGGUACAUACGUUUCAAAAUGUCGAACUCAAUCAACAUUUCUUGGUAAAGACGCAUUAGCGUACGCACACGUUAAUUUAGGAAUUGGACAAAAUUUUAUUGUACUUUUUGGAAUGUUUAUCUUUUUUCGAACAUUAGCUUAUCUGUCAUUGAGAUUUAUUAAAGAUAAGAGUGGACGUACUUGA